CGGUGACCAUUCACUGGGAGGAGGUGAAUGCUGCGUCUGGGGGCAUUUCUCUGUCUGCCGGCAACCUGAUUGACUAACAUCACCAACGCCCAUAAAGAGGCAAUAUACAGGAAAUGAACCGAUCUGUGAGAAGAAGAAGAGACAUUAUUUUCCGUUAAGUGGGAAACUGUCCGACCGGCUCCAUUGCUUUAGUGCGGUGGUCGUGAUUUAACACUGAGACGCAUUGUAUAACAAAUAGCUACCAUAGUUCUCUAUUGUAUAACGUUAACUGUAUAGCUGCUGUAUAUCUGUGUGGAUUUUCCCUGUUCUGACCGAGACACUGCCUCACUCCGACUAUCUAACUCCGAAAAUGGCAACCCAGAUCGAUAAAGAGGCUUGCAGAGAAGCUUACAACCAAGUCAGAGAUGACAACACGGAGAUCAAUUGGGCUGCCUUUAAAUACGAGGGCUCUAUGAUCGUGCCUGCAGGACAAGGGACUGACUAUGAGGAAUUCAAGAGGCAGUGCACAGAUGAUGCUCGUCUGUUCGGGUUUGUUCGGGUCACGACGGGUGACGCCAUGAGCAAACGAGCCAAGUUCACCCUCAUCACCUGGAUCGGGGAGAACGUCAGUGGGCUGCAGCGGGCUAAGAUCAGCACCGACAAGACACUGGUCAAAGACAUUGUGCAGAACUUUGCUAAGGAGUUCAUGAUCAGCGACGUGAGGGAGCUGGACGAGGACUACAUCCGCACGGAGCUGAAGAAGGCAGGCGGUGCCAACUACGACGCCCAGGCCGAGUAGAGCGGGCCAACGAGCCACAGUCCACUGGAAGGGGUUGGGGUCGGGGUUGGGGGAGGGGGGUUGAUGGGUGUAGGUGGGGGUGGGGAGAUGUGUGGGCAGGGCUGCUAUCUGUUUGGGACUGGGAACGGUGGGACUCAGGGGAGUGGUAUUGGCUGGGGUGGACACACCUCAGUGAAAGGGAAAUGAAUCAAUAGGUACACACAGAUUUCACUUUCAAAGUGAGGGCAGGCAAAACGCCCUCACUUUGAAAGAUUUUCUUCACUUACAAGCACACACAAAACACGCACACACACAAACAAAGUAGAGGUGCACCGAUAGCAGUUUUCAGAACCAGUCUAAGUGCUCUACUUGAGAUAUCUGCCAAUAAAUAAUACAGUGUGAUAGCCUAUCCGUAAUAAAGCUGAAUGUCAUGCGUCCUUUAUUGCCUCCUCUUCCAAACAAUAUCUUUAACUAACAAACAGCAGUCAGCAUUUUCACAACAGGAGGCAUUUUUCAUCCGAUUUGAAAAGUUUUUUAUUGCUCCAAAGUGCAUGUCAGUCAAGAAUCAAUAUCAGGACAGCUUGAUUUGCUGAUCAGAGUAAGAGUACAUUGGAGCUGGACUGGCACUGAUGCUGUUUCUAGAGAGGCUGUCAGUGCACCUCUGCAGCAGACAGACAGGCAUGCAUUGAACCCAACAAACAGGCCGCUCUCCUCAAUCCUGCCCUCUCCCCAGUCAGGUCAUGGUUGGUUAUCUACUGUGCUGUGCAUCAUCAUCUCACACUCAUCAUCUCAGCUGGGCUGCCGUAGAGCUGAAGCAACAAUCAGCAAUAUGAGGUCACAUCAGGAUGUCAGGGGCGCUCUUUACAAGGAAUGAGGAUGUGAAUAUCUGAAGGGUUUCACUCCAAAAUGCCACAUAUUGAUCAUGCCUACAAUGUCUUGCUAAUAGCCCAACAAGUUGGGAAGCAAUUUUUACAAAGUGAAUAAAUACAAUGAACAUACAUUUCCUCAGAAUGAACUUUAAGGCCAACAACCUGUUGUCCAAGAAUGUGCCGAAGUUUGAAAAAAAAAAAAAAAAAAAAUCCAACGAACAAAAGCAUCUCAUUUUGAAAUGAAACUCUUCACCUGUAAGGAUUUCUUUGACAUCAGAACAUGCUCUUAGUCAUGAUACACUGAACCUAGAGGGGCAAAAGAUCUCCAUUUUCAA